AUGAGAAAAGAGGGCGCGAAUGAUCAGGUGGCUGUCGAAAAAGACCUCUGCGUGAUAAAAAGACGUGAUUAGGCGCAAGCCGGUGCAAGUCGGGACAGCGGAUUCCUGAUAUCAGGACGCCGGCAUUGCAACGUCGCUAUCACCAUACUUACCAAGAUCAUAGCAGGAGGGCUCGGAUCGCCGCCUCCGCGUGGCUCCCUCUGGGUGAGACCUGGUCUCAGCUAAGAGCGGUCCAUUUUUGGUGAAGCCAGCCUUCGGGCUGGCAAAAAAGUACACGAAAAAAUAAAUUGAUAGGAAGUAUCUCAGAAGUAGUUCAUUCAUUGAAAGGUUGUCGAAUGCAAAGAAUUGACAAAAAAGAGGUGUUUUAGUCUUUCUUUUCAAUCAGGUUUUUUUUUGAUAAAUUCCCACUGCAGUGCUUUCAAAGAGGUCCCUUUGUUUAUCUUUUCAAUCUGGUUUUUUGAUUUUCCACUACAGUGCUUCGUAAUCAGAAAUAUUUACAGUUUUCGAGCAUUUUGACUGUUUAUUGAUAGGCGCACUCAUGAAAACGAUCCCGAAUGCCCGUUCACUGAUCAGGUGGCUGUCGAAAAAGACCACCGCAUGAGAAAAGACGUGAUUAGGCGCAAGCCGGUGCAAGUCGGGACAGCGGAUUCCUGAUAUCGGGACGCCGACAUUGCAACGUCGCUAUUACCAUACUUACCAAGAUCAUAGCAGGAGGGCUCGGAUUGCCGCCUCCGCGUGGCGCCCUCUGGGUGAGACCUGGUCUCAGCUAAGAGCGAUCCAUUUUUUGUGAAGCCAGCCUUCGGGCUGGCAAAAAACAAUUCGAAAAGAUUAACUGAUAGAAAGUAACUCAGACGUAGUUCAUUCAUUGAAAGGUUGUUGAAUGCAAAGAAUUGACAAAAAAAGAGGUGUUUUUCGUAUUUCUUUUUCAAUCUGGUUUUUUUGAUAAAUUCCCACUGCAGUGCUUUCAAAGAGGUCCCUAUUGUUUAUCUUUUCAAUCUGGUUUUUUGAUUUUCCACUACAGUGCUUCGUAAUCAGAAAUAUUCACAGUUUUCGAGCAUUUUGACUGUUUAUUGAUAGGCGCACUCAUGAAAACGAUCCCGAAAGCCCGUUCACUGAUCAGGUGGCUGUCGAAAAAGACCACCGCAUGAGAAAAGACGUGAUUAGGCGCAAGCCGGUGCAAGUCGGGACAGCGGAUUCCUAAUAUCACGACGCCGACAUUGCAACGUCGCUAUUACUACUCAAACCAAGAUCAUAGCAGGAGGGCUCGGAUCGCCGCCUCCGCGUGGCGCCCUCUGGGUGAGACCUGGUCUCAGCUAAGAGCGGUCCAUUUUUGGUGAAGCCAGCCUUCGGGCUGGCAAAAAAGUACACGAAAAAAUAAAUUGAUAGGAAGUAUCUCAGAAGUAGUUCAUUCAUUGAAAGGUUGUCGAAUGCAAAGAAUUGACAAAAAAGAGGUGUUUUAGUCUUUCUUUUCAAUCAGGUUUUUUUUUGAUAAAUUCCCACUGCAGUGCUUUCAAAGAGGUCCUAUUGUUUAUCUUUUCAAUCUGGUUUUUUGAUUUUCCACUACAGUGCUUCGUAAUCAGAAAUAUUUACAGUUUUCGAGCAUUUUGACUGUUUAUUGAUAGGCGCACUCAUGAAAACGAUCCCGAAUGCCCGUUCACUGAUCAGGUGGCUGUCGAAAAAGACCACCGCAUGAGAAAAGACGUGAUUAGGCGCAAGCCGGUGCAAGUCGGGACAGCGGAUUCCUAAUAUCACGACGCCGACAUUGCAACGUCGCUAUUACUACUCAAACCAAGAUCAUAGCAGGAGGGCUCGGAUCGCCGCCUCCGCGUGGCGCCCUCUGGGUGAGACCUGGUCUCAGCUAAGAGCGAUCCAUUUUUGGUGAAGCCAGCCUUCGGGCUGGCAAAAAACAAUUCGAAAAGAUUAACUGAUAGAAAGUAACUCAGACUUAGUACAUCCAUUGAAAGGUUGUUGAAUGCACAGAAUUGACAAAAAAGAGGUGUUUUCGUAUUUCUUUUCAAUGUGGUUUUUUUUGAUAAAUUCCCACUGCAGUGCUUUCAAAGAGGUCCUAUUGUUUAUCUUAUCAAUCUGGUUCUUUGAAUUUACAUUACAGUGCUUCUAAUUAGUAACAAAUACGGCUUUCGAGCAUUUCAACUGUUUAUCAAUAGGCUUACUCAUGAAAAAGAUCUCGAAAGCCCGUUCACUGAUCAGGUGGCUGUCGAAAAAGACCUCUGCGUGAUAAAAGACGUGAUUAGGCGCAAGCCGGUGCAAGUCGGGACAGCGGAUUCCUGAUAUCAGGACGCCGACAUUGCAACGUCGCUAUCACCAUUUUAACCAAGAUCAUAGCAGGAGGGCUCGGAUCGCCGCCUCCGCGUGGCGCCCUCUGGGUGAGACCUGGUCUCAGCUAAGAGCGAUCCAUUUUUGGUGAAGCCAGCCUCCGGGCUGGCAAAAAACAAUUCGAAAAGAUUAACUGAUAGAAAGUAACUCAGACUUAGUACAUCCAUUGAAAGGUUGUUGAAUGCACAGAAUUGACAAAAAAGAGUUGUUUUCGUAUUUCUUUUCAAUGUGGUUUUUUUUGAUAAAUUCCCACUGCAGUGCUUUCAAAGAGGUCCCUUUGUUUAUCUUUUCAAUCUGGUUUUUUGAUUUUCCACUACAGUGCUUCGUAAUCAGAAAUAUUCACAGUUUUCGAGCAUUUUGACUGUUUAUUGAUAGGCGCACUCAUGAAAACGAUCCCGAAAGCCCGUUCACUGAUCAGGUGGCUGUCGAAAAAGACGACCGCAUGAUAAAAGACGUGAUUAGGCGCAAGCCGGUGCAAGUCGGGACAGCGGAUUCCUGAUAUCAGGACGCCGACAUUGCAACGUCGCUAUCACCAUUUUAACCAAGAUCAUAGCAGGAGGGCUCGGAUCGCCGCCUCCGCGUGGCGCCCUCUGGGUGAGACCUGGUCUCAGCUAAGAGCGAUCCAUUUUUGGUGAAGCCAGCCUUCGGGCUGGCAAAAAACAAUUCGAAAAGAUUAACUGAUAGAAAGUAACUCAGAAGUAGUUCAUUCAUUGAAAGGUUGUCGAAUGCAAAGAAUUGACAAAAAAGAGUUGUUUUCGUAUUUCUUUUCAAUGUGGUUUUUUUUGAUAAAUUCCCACUGCAGUGCUUUCAAAGAGGUCCUAUUGUUUAUCUUUUCAAUCUGGUUUUUUGAUUUUCCACUACAGUGCUUCGUAAUCAGAAAUAUUCACAGUUUUCGAGCAUUUUGACUGUUUAUUGAUAGGCGAACUCAUGAAAAAGAUCUCGAAAGCCUGUUCACUGAUCAGGUGGCUGUCGAAAAAGACCUCUGCGUGAUAAAAGACGUGAUUAGGCGCAAGCCGGUGCAAGUCGGGACAGCGGAUUCCUGAUAUCAGGACGCCGACAUUGCAACGUCGCUAUCACCAUUUUAACCAAGAUCAUAGCAGGAGGGCUCGGAUCGCCGCCUCCGCGUGGCGCCCUCUGGGUGAGACCUGGUCUCAGCUAAGAGCGAUCCAUUUUUGGUGAAGCCAGUCUUCGGGCUGGCAAAAAAACAAUUCGAAAAGAUUAACUGAUAGAAAGUAACUCAGAAGUAGUUCAUUCAUUGAAAGGUUGUCGAAUGCAAAGAAUUGACAAAAAAGAGGUGUUUUCGUAUUUCUUUUCAAUCUGGUUUUUUUUUGAUAAAUUCCCACUGCAGUGCUUUCAAAGAGGUCCCUUUGUUUAUCUUUUCAAUCUGGUUUUUUGAUUUUCCACUACAGUGCUUCGUAAUCAGAAAUAUUCACAGUUUUCGAGCAUUUUGACUGUUUAUUGAUAGGCGCACUCAUGAAAACGAUCCCGAAAGCCCGUUCACUGAUCAGGUGGCUUUCGAAAAAGACCACCGCAUGAUAAAAGACGUGAUUAGGCGCAAGCCGGUGCAAGUCGGGACAGCGGAUUCCUAAUAUCACGACGCCGACAUUGCAACGUCGCUAUUACUACUCAAACCAAGAUCAGAGCAGGAGGGCUCGGAUCGCCGCCUCCGCGUGGCGCCCUCUGGGUGAGACCUGGUCUCAGCUAA